CUAUUUUUUUAUGUCAUCUGCUGUGCUUCAGGCUCCGUGGUGCCUUAGCAAACAUGAAAGAGGCUGAUUUACAAUCACUUUGGGCAAAUUGCCUGUGGAAUCUGAGGACAGGAAAUGACAAAAAGUGCAGCACACACUCCCGGACAUUCCACACGACAUGUAGGAUAAACAGGGCCACAAAGGAACCCAAAACUGGUGGUCUUCUGUUGAGGGGCACCAUGAAUGGCCUUUGGGAGUGCGUAUACUAAUGACGAAGUGCUGAAAAAGUCUUCAGGAGGGGUGAAAUUGACCCUGAUGAAAGAAAACCCCUUGGUUUUUUGUCUAAGGAAUGUUUUUCUAGGUUUCUGCGUAUCAUUCAAUGUUGAUGUGAAAAAUUCAAUGACUUUCAGAGGCCCAGUGGAGGACAUGUUUGGAUAUACUGUUCAACAGUAUGAAAAUGAAGAAGGAAAAUGGGUGCUUAUUGGUUCUCCUUUAGUUGGCCAACCAAAGAACAGAACUGGGGAUGUCUAUAAAUGUCCAGUUGGGAGAAGUGAAUCAUCUCCUUGCAUAAAGUUGGAUCUACCAGUUAAUACAUCAAUUCCCAAUGUCAUGGAAGUAAAGGAGAACAUGACGUUUGGAUCAACUUUAGUCACCAACCCAAGUGGAGGAUUUCUGGCAUGUGGCCCCUUAUAUGCUUAUAGAUGUGGACAUCUGCAUUACACAACUGGAAUCUGUUCUGAUGUCAGCCCCACAUUUCAAGUCAUGAACUCCAUUGCUCCCGUACGAGAAUGCAGCACUCAGCUGGACAUAGUCAUAGUGCUGGAUGGUUCCAACAGUAUUUACCCCUGGGAAAGCGUUACAGCUUUUUUAAAUGACCUUCUUGAAAGAAUGGAUAUUGGUCCUAAACAGACACAGGUUGGAAUUGUACAGUAUGGAGAAAACGUAACCCAUGAGUUCAACCUCAAUAAGUACUCAUCGACAGAAGAGGUACUUGUUGCAGCAAAUAGAAUAGCCCAGAGAGGUGGCCGCCAGACUAUGACAGCCCUUGGAAUAGACACAGCCAGGAAGGAGGCUUUCACUGAAUCCCGGGGUGCCCGAAGAGGGGUUAAAAAAGUUAUGGUUAUUGUGACUGAUGGAGAGUCCCAUGACAAUCAUCGACUGAACCAGGUCAUCCAAGACUGUGAGGAUGAAAACAUUCAGCGCUUCUCCAUAGCUAUUCUGGGCAGCUAUAACCGAGGAAAUUUAAGCACUGAGAAAUUUGUGGAGGAAAUAAAAUCAAUUGCAAGUGAACCCACUGAAAAGCAUUUUUUCAACGUCUCUGAUGAACUGGCUCUAGUCACUAUUGUUGAAGCUCUGGGAGAAAGAAUAUUUGCCCUGGAAGCUACAGCUGACCAGUCAGCAGCUUCAUUUGAAAUGGAAAUGUCUCAGACUGGCUUUAGUGCUCAUUAUUCACAGGACUGGGUCAUGCUUGGAGCAGUAGGAGCCUAUGAUUGGAAUGGAACAGUCGUCAUGCAGAAGCCUAAUCAAAUCCUAAUCCCCCAAAACACAACCUUUAAUGUUGAGUCUACCAAAAAGAAUGAACCCCUUGCUUCUUACUUAGGUUACACUGUGAACUCCGCCACUGUUCCUGGAGAUGUGCUCUACAUUGCCGGCCAGCCACGGUACAAUCACACAGGCCAGGCUGUCAUCUACAGGAUGGAGGGUGGAGACAUCAGGGUUCUCCAGACACUCAGUGGAGAGCAGAUUGGUUCCUACUUCGGCAGUGUUUUAACAACAAUUGACAUUGAUAAAGAUUCCAAUACUGACAUCCUUCUGGUUGGGGCCCCCAUGUACAUGGGAGCAGAGAAAGAGGAACAAGGAAAAGUGUAUGUGUACGCUCUGAACCAGACAAGAUUUGAAUAUCAAAUGAGCCUGGAACCCAUGAAGCAGACUUGCUGUUCAUCUCUGAAGCACAAUUCAUGCACAAAAGAAAACAAAAAUGAGCCAUGUGGGGCUCGUUUUGGAACAGCUAUUGCUGCUGUGAAAGACCUCAAUCUUGAUGGAUUUAAUGACAUUGUGAUAGGAGCUCCUCUGGAAGAUGAUCACGGGGGAGCCGUGUACAUUUAUCAUGGAAGUGGCAAGACGAUAAGGAAAGAGUAUGCACAACGUAUUCCAUCAGGUGGUGAUGGCAAAACACUAAAAUUUUUUGGCCAGUCUAUCCAUGGAGAAAUGGACUUAAAUGGUGACGGUCUGACUGAUGUGACUAUUGGUGGCAUUGGUGGUGCUGCCCUCUUCUGGUCCCGAGAUGUGGCCGUAGUUAAAGUGACCAUGAAUUUUGAACCCAAUAAAGUGAAUAUUCAAAAGAAAAACUGCCACGUGGAAGGAAAGGAAACAGUAUGCAUAAAUGCUACAGCGUGUUUUGAUGUGAAAUUAAAGUCCAAAGAAGACACGAUUUAUGAAGCCGAUCUGCUGUACCGUGUCACACUAGAUUCACUAAGACAGAUAUCACGAAGCUUUUUCUCAGGAACUCAAGAAAGAAAGAUUCAAAGAAACAUCACAGUUCGAGAAUCAGAAUGCACUAAGUUUUCCUUCUACAUGUUGGACAAGCAUGACUUCCGGGACUCAGUGAGAAUAACUUUGGAUUUUAAUCUUACUGAUCCAGAAAAUGGGCCCAUUCUUGAUGAUUCUCUACCAAAUUCAGUACAUGAAUAUAUUCCCUUUGCCAAAGAUUGUGGAAACAAGGAAAAAUGUAUCUCAGACCUUACUCUGGAUGUAUCCACCACAGUAAAGGGCCUACUUAUUGUCAGGUCCCACAACGAUAAGUUCAACAUUAGCCUCACAGUCAAAAAUAAAAAGGACAGUGCCUAUAACACCAGAACCAUAGUGCAUUAUUCUCCAAAUCUAAUUUUUUCAGGAAUUGAGGAUAUCCAAAAAGAUAGUUGUGAAUCUAAUCAUAAUAUCACAUGCAAAGUUGGAUAUCCUUUCCUGAGAAGAGGAGAAGGGGUAACUUUCAAAAUAUUAUUUCAGUUUAACACAUCUUAUCUCAUGGAAAACAUAACCAUUCAUUUAAGUGCAACAAGUGACAGUGAAGAACCUCCUGAAGCCCUUUCUGAUAAUGAAGUAAGCAUCUCUAUUCCAGUAAAAUAUGAAGUUGGACUACAGUUUUACAGCUCUGCAAGUGAAUAUCAUAUUUCAAUUGCGGCCAAUGAGACAGUCCCUGAAGUCAUUAAUUCUACUGAGGACAUUGGAAAUGAAAUUAAUAUCUACUACUUGAUUAGAAAAACUGGACAGUUUCCAAUGCCAGAACUUAAGCUUUCAAUUUCAUUCCCCAACUGGACAUCAGAUCGCUAUCCCGUGCUGUACCCAAGUGGAUGGUCAUCUUCUGAUAAUGCAAAAUGCAGACCCAGUAGCCUUCAGGAUCCUUUUGGUAUCAACUCGGGGAAGAAAAUAACUAUAUCCAAAUCUGAAGAUCUCAAGCGAGGCACAAUUCUGGACUGCAGUACAUGUAAAUUUGCAACUAUCACAUGUAAUCUGAUUCCUUCUGACGUGAGCCAAGUGAAUGUUUCACUUAUCUUGUGGAAACCAACUUUUAUAAAAGCACGUUUUUCCAGCUUAAAUCUUACUGUAAGGGGAGAACUUCAGAGUGAAAAUACCUCACUGGUUUUAAGUACUGGCAAUCAAAAAAGAGAGCUUGCUAUUCAAAUAUCCAAAGAUGGGCUACCAGGCAGAGUGCCAUUAUGGGUCAUCCUGUUGAGUGCUUUUGCUGGGUUAUUACUGUUAAUGCUGCUCAUACUAGCACUGUGGAAGAUUGGGUUCUUCAAAAGACCAUUGAAGAAGAAAAUGGAGAAAUGAAAUAUUUUACAAGAGGAAAAAAUAAUCAUUAUUCAAUGGUCUAUCCUCAGGUUUGCCUUAAAUAUGUGACAGGAAAUUUGUAAAUUCAUUUAAAAAUAUAGUCACAUAACUUUCUGUAAUCCAUCAGGGAUAAUCACUUGGCAAAUGACAGGUCAAGCAAGAUCCAAAAAUAAUACUACAAAGAUAUAUUUUAUAAAAUGUUGAAAAAUAUUUUAAAUAAUCACUCAUCUGUGUUGAGUAUUUAAGCAGAAGUAUUAAGUGUUUAGAAGAUGAGUAACCUUUACAAAUAUGAUUAUGUAUUAAAUCAUCAUUCAAAGUAUUUAAGGAAUGCAUAAAAAGAUUUUUAUGAUCAUUGAAACAUUUACUUUAAAAACAGUGUAAACUAAGCCUUUUCCGUUGAUUCUGAUGGACAUCACAUUCAGCCUGCCAGUCAACAUUUGUAAAUGCCAAGAAAGGAAUUACCUGAAAAAGAUCACUUCCCCUAUUCAAAUGAGAAAAUUUUACCAGAUAGUCUAUAUACAAUAUGGAAUGAAAAUAGAAUUGAAUCACAGAGUGUACAGUCAGCACCUCUGUGUUGGGUUCUGUACUUGGAAAGCUUUCUUUCCAGAGUGUUUGGAAAAUAGUGCAAUUGAGCUGAAAUUCUAUCUAGGAUGGAAAAUUGAAAUAUAUCUGUUUAAAAGCAAGUGCACAGAAUGGAUGAAUUUAAGCUUUUACAGAACAUGCUUAAUUUUGAUACUGAGCUCUAAAACUCAAAAUUCUUUUAUACUGAAAAAAUACAGUUUUGUGUAGCAUAACAGUGAUUUGUCCUGAAAAGCCAUGUUGUGUGUGGAAUAUGCUAAAAUGGUUUCAGAAUAGAACAUGGCAGCAUAGACAGAUGCCACUGAAAUGCUGAAGUAAUCUUGCUGGCCAGCUUUUGAACGUUAGAGGUCCCAGGAUGUAACCAAAAGUAGGAGUUUUCCCAGCUCCUUGGUACAUGGUUCAUUCAAACCCUCAAGCUGUGAGAGAAUGUUUAUUUUUAAUUUUUGUUAGAGGUAUUUAAUUUUCCAAACACAUUUCUUAUUUUUAUGAAAAAGCACUAUUCUAUUUCAGUAUUGUGUUUUACCAAGAAGCCACUGCAUUUUGAGUAUGGCAUAUCAAUAUUUAAAUAGAACUCCAAAAAUGUAUUCUAAAGUAUUUCAGUUUCAAAACUUCACACCAAUAGGAAGAUAUCACACCUCUGUAUGAGCUCUUUUGUUUUUGAAGUAAUCGUUAUGGCGCAUUGAACUCUACUGUAGUACAAGCUCGUAGGUUGUUCCAUUUCUUAGGAAAAUAACAAUGAAUGAAUGUAUAGUACAUGCAUGUGUGAACUACUGCUGUAAAAUUUGCUGAUACUUCUGCAACAACUCCAUCUGUCCACCCCGCUUACCAUCACAAGACCAAAAGCUGUAAUUAUCCAGAAAGUCCUGGGCUCCACUUUCAUCACAAAACAGCAAAUCAACGGAAAAAUUAAGUGCCGUGGAUUUAAUUUUCUAAACUAAUUUCCAAGGCAUUAUCUGAAGAUUCAUAGUCAGCCUACCUCAUGGCUCCCCACAUCUACAGCUAAGAUCCUGAUGCACCUGGGGAGUGCUGGGGUCAUCAGUAGCUAGAAAAAAAGCUAAAUCUUCCCAGAGCUCUGGUAUCCUCCUGCUGGCCUGUCAUUGUUCAGGAAGGGCCACUCUCGCCGUCUUCUUCAUUCCUACUGUCUGUCUCCAGGUGCAGAGAUCAUCGUUUCCAUCUUUCUUUGCCCAACAAAACUCAGGUCUCUUGUAUUCACAGUCACCAUGUUGCACAACUCCAGUGCUCAGCCUGCUCCAGUCUCAGCACAUCUCAGAAAUAAACCUAACAGACCACACUUGGCCUCGGUGCCUGCUAGGCGAAGCAGUCAUAAACCAGGAGAGUGCAUAUUUCAACUAAAUGCAUUGUGAACCCAAGGGGAAAAUGUAGAAACAAUGGCAUUUUGAGCUUUUUAGAAAAAAGUGGAAGAGCUGUUUGGCCAGAUCAAAUAGCUACUUAUAAGCCUGGCACAAUUUUUAAUUUAAGUAAUUUAAUGUAAGUCAUUCCGUCUUCUUUUUAAGUGAACAUUUAAUGAACCGCAUACCACAUUUCCCUAAUAUUGUAAUUUGUUGAGGCCUAUGUGUGUAUGUGUCUGGGUAUCUGUGUCUGUGCAUAAACAGACAUGUACACAUACACACACACAUGUACAGACACAAAUUGAAUACAAAAUACCUCAGAGGUUUGUAAACAGCUUACAAAAAAUAAACACACAAAAGCUAUACUAACAAGAAAGGUUUGAUUCAUCCCCUUUGCAUAUAGUUUUCAUUUUCAUUAAUAUUUAACUUUAGUGCACAGUUCUGUAACUAUAAAACAUAAAUGUAGAGGCUUUGAUUAAUAAGUUAAGAGAUAUCCUAAAGUAGCUUUAUAUAAAUCUUCUAAAACACAAUCAAUGAUUAAGAAAUAUACUAAGCUCUAUCACUGUUUUAAACUAAUUCAUCAGAAAAGUGAAUGAUAUUUAAGACUAGUUAUGAGGUUAUUGGUUAAAUUAAAUUGCCAAAAUUUUUUAUUUAACCUCGGUAUUUUUUUAAUUCAUAUUUGCUUCCACUAUGAAGUAUGAAGUCCCUUUCCAGACCAAACCUACAAUAGUAUAUUGGUAAAUUAUUUUAAAACCGGCUCUCCAGGAGGGAAAAGUCCCAUUUGUAUCUUUAGCCAGUUGUAUAAACAGUCUUACCACAGUCUCUUCCAUAUUACAAACAUAACCCCAACCAGCUUGCAGAACUCCUGAGAAUGUAUCUGUCACUCCCGUGAAUCAGCAUGAGCUGGCUUCAGCACACCAUUGAGAUAGAUUGGAUGACAAUGAUAGAAUGUAGGUGACAGAUGAUAAAUAGAUGACUGACAGAGAUGAUCGGUAGGUGAUAGGGAGAUAGAUGGUAGAUAAAUAGGCAUAAUGUGUUGGAGAUACACACACACAUAUACACACAGACACAUAUAUAUUACACCUAUAUGCAAACACAAUAUAAUCAUUUCAAAUUAUGCUUAAAGUGCUCAUCUCAAGCCCACCCAGUAGACAUAAUGCUACAUAGCUUCCCAUUCUUCAAUUUCAAUUUCUAAAGUUAUAGCCUUCCUUUAAUAUUAAUAAAAUGAUGUGAACAUGCUGGAGAAGGAAGGAGCUAAAAGCAAGAAAAUACAAAAGGUGACAUGUGAAAAUCAGACUUACACCGCCACAAAGAGGCUGUUUCGCUCGCCCUAUGGACCCUGAGCCCUGGAGCCAUACUGUGAAAGGCCAUCCUUUGUAAAUAUUUGCGAUUUCUGUCAUCCAAUAUGAACCUCAGUGAGUUCAGUUAUUUUCUCUGAGUACUAGAUUCAUAGGCAAUUUAGUCUCUUAAUUUUCUAUGUUAUAAAUGCUUGAAAUGAGAUAUUUUUACAAAAUUUGAUGCUUGACCAUAAUAAUUUUACCUGUAAGUACAAAUAUAUAGGUAUAUAUCCCUUUUCUUUUUAUAAAACCAGUGUGUAGGCUCAAUUGGAAAAUAAAUCCUUGCACCAAAAGCAUAGAGAUUGAGUAAAGCUGACUUGUACAGGCUUUGAGAAGCUCUGCCUGUAUCCUCUCUAGGCAUCGUGGAAAGGCCUCAGUUGCACAGCAUGAGUGGCUGCCCUGCCAGCUCCCAUGCUAUGUGCUUUUACACAGGGCAAUGGCUUUGCCAAGCAUGUUGUCAUCUGCUCCAUGUGAAUUAACUGACUUGCUUUGCACAACACUGAGAAAACUAGGAGAGACCCAGCCUCGGAGCAUGGUUCAUGUGCCAGGUGCAGUCACAUUAUUGUUCAAAUAAAGAGGCUUCUGAUAAAUCAUUAAACAGAAAAAUAGUAUCCUCUCUACCUUUGUUUAUUUUCAAUAUUUCUCAAGUCUCCCUCCUCUAGUUGUCUCCCCCAAGGGAGGUUUCUGAGAAACCUGCUGGAGAAAAAUCUGUUUGAAGUAUGUACUUUGUUUGCUGUGAAUACCAGCUUCAGAGGGUUGAUCAUUCAUACAGGAUUCCAGUCCCCAUUCUUCUGUGACACUCUAAAGAGUUAGUAUGAUAUAAUCAAGUAGGGAUACAAUGAAAUGUGCUUCAGAGAUGGAACAUCUGUAAAGAUUUGCCAGCUUUUAUGGGACACUAUCAGCAAGUAUGCUGAGGCUGGCGGGGUGAAGGGAGGACGCCGCCUUCCGUGGGUCUCCAUCAGCUCCCCGCAAUCCCUAUCCUCACCCAGGGAAAUAAUGACCCAAUACAUAGAAAGAAGGGCUUUAAAAUCCUCCAAUGGAUGCUAUUUUUUAACUAAAAUAUGCUAUUUAACUGUAAACAAAAGACUUUUUAAUACAAACACAACUUCAAGGUGAGUGUACUGGGCAACCCAGUCAGACGGCUACCCAUAAAUUCCUCCUACACAGAACUUCUGAAGCCACCUUUGGAUGUUAACUCUGCAGCACUUUCCAAAAGGCUAAAUGCUGCUGUUUCCCAAAUGGAGGCACUGUUGUGCAACAUUUUAUGUAGGGCAAUAUGAAUAGAGCUAACAUCUAGCACUGUAAUCUAGUGAACAAAUCGAUAUUUUUGAUCCCCGUAUUAAAACUUAACCUCGAUUUUUAAAAUUCUAGGUAACAGCUUUUACCCAUCCAACUUGAGGAAAUGUAAGGAAUGUAUGUAUAACAUCUGGCACCCAGGAGAUCCAGUUAACAGAUGGGAGUAGAUACUCCUGCCUCUAUAAAGGGCCUGAGCUUAACCCCUGAAUCCGCUCCGUCCCAGGCUCAGCACCCCCCCAGCAGAUACACACGUAAGAACGUCUUGCUGAAAUUUUGCAAUACCCAAAAAUAUGCAAGGAUGAGUUAUCACUUCUGCUGUUGGACCCCCUGCUUUCAGAUCAGCUUUUUUUCUUUUUCAGAUAUAUCAAAGAACCCGCCCCCCGCCCCCCCACACACACCUUAAUAGCUAACAAGUUCAGAGCUUUACCCCUGUGUUGUCCUCGCACCACAGCGCCGCAGGCUGGAGAGUGCCAGUACCAUGAGGAGCAGGCGGCAGGAGCCAAGCCCAUUUGCAGGGUGUCUCUGUCUUCUGCCUUCCCAGUGGUUUCUUCUCUUCUCAGAGGCACAAUGGGAUGCUAUGGUUGGAUUUGGGGCUUCUGUGACAGGGCGUGCUAGGCCUUUGGCCCGUGCAGAACCUUGAGACCUUGAGUGGUAGCACUUUUUCUACAGGUGAGUUGAGAUUUGGAAAUCCUUUAAUUAUCUGACACAUCACAGAAAUCACAGCAGUGAACUGGGGACCAAUGACAUUCCUAACGUUGAUUAUGUUUGAUCUCACCAUAUUUCAAGUCACAUCUUUAUGAAAAAGAGUAAGUCUGGAAUGUUAGGAGCUCUUCUGCAAAAGGCUGAGACUCAGUGUUUAAUCUUUUAUUUCAGUUUGAUCUAUGCAUAUAGAUUGGAGACAAAAUUAUUAAAAGGAAACUUAUACCUGAAACUAAUAUAAUGUUGUAUGUCAAUUAUGCCUCAAUUAAAACAAGAUCCCAAAUUAAAAAAAUAAUCUUCCAAAUAACACAGAAUGAAAGCCAGGUAUUCUCUUGAAUGUUUCCUAUUACCUGUCCCCACCCCUGUUUUUUAAGAGAUAAAGAGAGAUUGGUUGGGGAAAUUGAGAUAAUUGUUCCUUUCCUCCAUAAAGGAGCCAAGAAGAAGGGAGCCGCCACACAGAACCUACUCACAGCUUUCUGAGAGAGCAGAGCAUCAUUGUUCCAUUGCCAGGUCACAGUCUUCUUGUCUUGCCCCUAAGGCAUCUUGCAUUUUGAGAGGCAGAAAAUAAUUGGGGGUGGAGGGAGGAAAUGAAGCUCUUUAUCUUACUCCUCAAAAUACUGUAAGCUCCCUUAGACCACAUCAGCCCACCAUACUAACACAUGUACUUUGCAUAAGUAAAUAGUGGAUUAAAUAAGAGUUAAAAGUAUAUCCUUACCUGUCUAUUAACCAGGGCUAGUCUUCUGGAGUUGAACACACUUAGGGACCAAGUAAAAACAAUCAUUGGGAGCAGCAAAAGCCCAGACCUUCUUCAUCUAGAAUUGUUUCACGCAGGACAUCCCAACACUUAGUUUUAAUUUCUGAGACACCCUCUGCCCUUAUUCAGGAUGCAACAAUGCAACACUGCAUUCCUUAUUGGGAAGCAUUGGCCUGUAAGGAGAAUUGUGUACUGUGUAUUACUACUGUGAGGUUGUAAAAUUGUUAAUGGACAGUGUAAAGAAUUGUAUCCAUUUUAUUAAAAGUAAAAAUAUUGUAUAUAAUAACUGCUGCCCUGAAACCUGUUAUCAUACUCACUCCAAUAAACUCUUAGCAUGGUCUAACAUACUGUG